AUGGCCCUCUCCAGUUGUUAUGCAGUUGUGUAUUACAAAGGGGAUGGUCUAAUUGUUGUUUCUUAUUCAAAGCAAUUGUCACAUUUUGAUUUGUUCGUUGAGGAGGCUUCUAAUGGUGGUGCUUAUAGCUCUUCAUCUGGUAUUUCCACGAAGUCGCUCACUGACAAUGAAUCAUAUAGUUGGUUCACUGAGACUUCAAAGAUUAAAUAUCUGACGGAAGGUCAUGAGGAAUUAAAACCUCUUUUAUCUGGCGGUUGGGAGGAUAUUUUUAAAGGUGUUGGUCAAGUUUUUCAUUGUGGUAUUGAUGAGGUUCGCUUAGCUGUCAGCAAAUAUUACAGCAAGUCUGGCUAUAUAGUUGCAAAGGUUAAGAAUGAUAGACUUAGGUACACAGUCAAGUGUGGUAGGAAUGCGGAUUGUCCUUGGUAUCUGCACACUAUUCCAAUCGACACCGCUAAAAGUGUCUUUUUUAUCAAGGAAUUCAAUAGGAAUCAUACAUAUGGUGGUGCUUAUAAGCUGAAGGACCCCCCUGUAAAGAAGAAAUUGAUUAAACAUCUAUUCAAGGAUCAAAUACAGUCAAAUCUGUUGAUAAAGCCUAAUGAUAUGGUUGCUCAUGUGAAGAGUUGUUACGGUGUUAACAUAAAAUAUCAUCAUGCUUAUAAAGGGAAGGAAGCAUCUCAGGCAAAGAUAUACGACGAUGAUGUAAAAAGUUAUACAGAUCUUGUGUGGUAUGUUGAAGCAACAAAGGCUACCAAUCCUGGCAGCUAUAUUAAGUUUGAAUAUAAUAAAGAGACUAAACGAUUUGAUAGGCUUUUGAUAUGUUUUGUUGCAUGUAUUCUCCCAAUGCUUUACUGUGAUGCAACAUUUCUCACUGGGAGAUUCGAGGGAACAAUGAUGGCUGCCACUGGCGUGAAUGGGAACCAAGUUCCUUCAGAAGACAUUGAAGGUUGGGAGUGGUUCAUGGAAAACUUGCAGCAUUAUGUCGACUCUCGUCCUAUCACCUUUAUCACGGAUCGUCAUGAAGGGCUGAAGAAAACUGCAUACUGUUACAAUAUUUCCAAAUAUGAGUAUGCUUUGAAUGAGAUGUGUAUUAUUGGAUAUGGUUGGGUUGCCAAGUACAUUAGAAAUAUCGAUCCCAAGCACUGGGAAAAUGCUUUCUUCGUUGGAUGUAGGUAUGGGACACACUCAUCAAGUAUUGCAGAAUCUUUCAAUAACUGGAUUCAUCGUAAUAUGGAUUUUCCUUCAGCUGCUCUUGUUGAUGAGCUCAAGAUAAAGAUUAUGAGGAUGAGUUCAGAAAUGCGUGAGCUUGGUAGAACUUAUCUAGAUAGUUUUAAUCCCAUCUUUAAAGCAUUACUCAAGUCACAUAUUGAUAUAGGUCGUCCAUGGAAUGUUACCGAGUCAGGUAAUGAUAUAUAUGAGGUUCACUCUCCCAGCUCUUAUGUUGUUGAUCUGAUGCAGAUGACGUGUACUUUCCAGAGAUGGAAAGUGUUUGGGUUCCCUUGUGCUCAUGCUACUGCUGCUAUUACUAUGAAGGGUGCUAAGAUUUUGAAGCCUGAAGUGUAUGAACCUGAAGACAAAUUCCUUCUUGGUAUUCCAAGUCCACCUCCAGGAAGACCACCAAAGAGGCGUAUUCGCAGUGCUUAUGAGAAGGAGAGGAGGCCUAUGAAGUGCUCAAAUUGUAAGAAGAUUGGGAACCACAACAAAGCUACAUGUCGUUUAUUACUGCUAGAGUAG